AUGAAUGUUGGAAGUAGGAAAACUUUAAACAUGUUCAGAAACUCUCAUCGUGAUGGUAAAAAUGAAAUUGGACAGCAUGCAAGAGUUACAGCAGUUAAUUUUUGUGUAGCCGGGGAAAACUUGAACAGAUUGUUCCCACAUGCCACUAUAGGCCUUAAAACUACCGCUUCUGAAGGAAAAGAAUUGGAGGCUUCUUUUAAUAACAGCGUGCACGUGGAAGGAUGCUUGUUCUUGACUACUGGCAUAUGUGAUACCAUUGCGGUGUCUGUUGCUCGCUUAAGAAAGAAUUAUUUUCGAUUCUAUUCCGUAAUGACGACAUCAGGAAAUGACUCUGCUGAAAUCACUCCCUAA